GCGGCACUCGGCGAACCGUUGCCCCGCCUCCGCUGCCGCCUCUAGCUCCUCCUUCUCCUCCUCUUCCACGCCUGUCCCGCUGCGCUGCGGGGGUCGUGGGGGCAGGAGUGCAACUGCUACGGGCGGCCCGAAGCCGUCGCCAUGCAGAUCACCUUGAAAACGCUGCAGCAGCAGACCUUCCGGAUCGACAUCGACCCCGAGGAGACGGUGAAGGCACUGAAAGAGAAGAUUGAAUCAGAAAGGGGGAAAGAUGCUUUUCCAGUAGCUGGCCAAAAACUAAUUUAUGCAGGUAAAAUCCUUAAUGAUGAUACUGCUCUUAAAGAAUACAAAAUAGAUGAGAAGAACUUUGUGGUGGUUAUGGUGACAAAACCCAAAGCAGCAGCUGGAGCGACUCAGCAGUCAAAUGCUACUGCCACUGUUAGCUUGACAACUGCAACUCCCACACCACUUACUGCACCAGUCCCCGCUGCUGCCCCUGUGCCAGCUUCUGUCCCUCCACCACCACCAGCACCAGAUGCAGUUGCUUCUGAAUCUGAACCUGUGAGUGCUUCUGAAGAGGAAAAGCCAGCAGAAAAACCACCAGAAGCACCAGCUGCUGCCAGCCCAUCAUCAACUGACAGUACAACAGGUGAUACAUCUCGAUCAAAUCUUUUUGAGGAUGCUAUAAGUGCACUUGUGACAGGUCAGUCGUAUGAGAAUAUGGUGACUGAGAUCAUGUCAAUGGGCUAUGAACGAGAGCAAGUAAUUGCAGCACUGAGGGCCAGCUUCAACAAUCCUGACAGAGCAGUGGAAUACCUUUUAAUGGGUAUACCUGGCGAUAAUCAUGCUGUGGCUGAACCCACUCAAGCAGGAAGCACUGGUGUCUCUCAGUCUUCAGCAGUGGCAGCAGCAGUAGCAACUAUACCUACAACUACUAGUUCAUUAGGAGGACAUCCACUUGAGUUUUUACGAAAUCAGCCUCAGUUCCAGCAGAUGAGACAAAUUAUUCAGCAAAAUCCUUCUCUGUUACCGGCAUUGCUACAACAGAUUGGACGGGAGAACCCUCAACUACUGCAGCAAAUAAGCCAACACCAGGAACACUUUAUUCAUAUGUUGAAUGAGCCAGUUCUGGAGUCCCGCCAAGGUUUAAGUGGCAGUGAUGAUGGUGCCAGCACUGGAGGAGUAGCAGAAGCUGGAAAUGGUCAUAUGAACUACAUUCAAGUAACACCUCAGGAAAAAGAAGCUAUAGAAAGGUUGAAGGCAUUAGGGUUUCCCGAAGGACUUGUGAUACAGGCAUAUUUUGCCUGUGAGAAGAAUGAAAACUUGGCUGCCAACUUUCUUCUACAACAGAACUUUGAUGAAGAUUGAGAGACAUUUUUGUAUUUCACACCUCAUACCGGUGCAUUACACUAACUUUGUUCACUGGAUUGUCUGGGAUAUUUGGGCUUAUAGUCAUAAUGCUUGGUAUAAGGUGUAUGGGAAGGGUGGCAGGGAAGAGAACAUUGGAAACAAAGCAAAGAAAGCAGCAAGUGUGUCUGCUUUAAUUUAGCAGAUGCAGAAAAUCACAGUGUAAAAUAAUAUACAACCAAAAAUCAGCUUCUGCAGAUCAUUAGUUCCUUCUGUAAACUGUAGGUUAACUUUUGCUAGGUAUUCACUUACUGUACUAGUUCCAGAAAUGUAAUGUAAUGCCCUGCUUCCUGUUCCUUUCUACUUGGUAUUGAUAUUGGAAGUAGCAUGUGCUGCCUACAUUCUGCAAUCUGUAUUUCAUGGCAACACUGGAUAUCAGCUUUCUGAAAUCUAAGAGAUCUGAGGAAAUGUAAACAUGAAUGUCAAAAUAUGGUAGUUACUUUGCUUUCUCAGAUGCAUUAAGUAGUGCAAGAAGUACAGUAUUUUGUUUAAUGCUGAAUUAAAACAACAUUGGUAUUUUUUCCAAAUGAAAACCUGUUUCGAUUAAAAGUGUAUUGAUCUUUGAGAAACACCACCUGCUUCUUUGUCCCCCUCAAAUGAUCUGAGAAGCUAUAUAUACAUAUAGAUAAAAUUAUUCUCCUGUUCACAUCUUCUAUUUUUAGGGAAAAAAAAAAAUCUAAUUACUGUUCACUUCUAUGUUAUCAUAGAAUGAUUUGGGUUGGAAGGGACUUUAAAGAUCAUCUUGUUCUAACCCCCCUGCUGUGGACAGGGACACCUAGUAUGUUGGGUUGCUCAAAGCCCCAUCCAGCCUGGCCUUGAACACUUCCAGGGAUGGGGUGUCCACAACCUCUUGGCAACCUAUUCCAGCUCCUUGCCACCCUUGCGGUGAAGAAUUUCUUCCCUACUUUUAUGUUAUGUUAAAGUUUUAAAAACAACAGAUUGCAUGUUUGGUUUUGCUAUAUACACUUUUGUGAGCUGAAUAUUCUUCUUCUGCCAGCAAACAAAAUGCAAGCUUUAUUUUUAUCUGCUGCAAUGAGACUGUAUCAAAUCAAAUUUCACCUUCCAAACUUCGUCGAACAGAUUUUACAACACAGCUGUAAGCGUCUCAAGAUACUGGUGUUCUGUUGCUCUUGAGCAGGUUGUAAUGAUCAAAUUAUUUCUGUUCAGGAAAGAAUUAUGAGAAAGAGAAGCUGAGGUAUCAAGCAAGCAAUCAAGUUACUUCAGCCUAAAAGAAUCUGCACUUAUACCUUUAUAUAGAAAAUAAGCUCAUCUUACAGAAUUUUGAGUCUUACUUCUUGGUACCUACUGGCCAUUUAUUUAAUCAUCAUAAAAUGUAACAAUCUUCCUUUUAAUAUACAUGGACUCUUAGAAAAGAUUUUGCUCUUCAUUUCAAUACUAGCAAGGAAAGCAAAUUGAAAUAUAAUCUGAAGCUAUUAUGUGCAACAUUUCCAGAACACAGCUUGGGGAUAUUUUGAAUUUUUAUGGUUUUACUCCAGUUCUCUGAAUUACAAAUUUAUCUCUACAGUAACUGAGAAAAUAUUAUUAGUAGUACAGUGCUGAGCUGUUGUACCACUUAUGAUAUUAACAAUGUAGUGGUACAACUGAGAAAUUAUUUUCUGCUUAGACUGUGCAUUAAUGGAUUAACUAAUGAACUACUACUAAAGAUCAAAGUACAAGUCAAGUGUCUUGAGAAAAAGAGCAAGAAAGAAUUAUCUGCACAAAGUACUGAAAUGUAUUAAAGCCUUUUACUUUUUCUUUCUUUACAAAGACAUCUGUGAUGCUUUCCCAAAUAGUGUGUAUUUUAAUUAUUCUGAUUAUAUUGUUUUCAUAGGUGUGUGAUGUCAAAUCUAUCAGUAGGAGGUGUGAUAAUGCUAAACAGAAAAUAACUCUUUCAUAAUGCUUUCAUUUUUAGACAAGUUAAUACUCAUUUGAGCUAAAUAGGAUUCUCAGUAUAUUUAUGGACUGGAAGAGAUGGAUUUCAAUCUAACACUCUGCAAGAAAAAAGGGGAUAUUUGUUAACUGUAAAAGAACCAGCUGCCAGGUACUUGAAAAAUGCCAAAUUGAUACAAGGACUUCUUGAAUGUACUUUACUACAUAGCUAAUACCUUACUAAGACAAAUGCUUUUAGUUUGUGGGAGUCUUCUGUACUGUUCAAAUUGCUAUCAGAAAUAAGUGUUCCAUCACCUGGAAGAUGGAGAGUAAAGCAAGAAAAUCUGUGGGUGUUGCAGUCUACUCCCUACAAUUUUGAUUCUGAAAUGUUUACUUAUUAUAAAUGUAUUUGAAUUAAA